AUGCAAGAGAAUGAAGCAUAUGUUAUACCUACGAUCGAACUCGUUGGCGAAGUAAUUGAGCCCCUUACCAAGGAACCAGUUCACAUAGUUGAUCUACCAGGCCACGAAAAACUACGAUUCAAAUUCAUGGAAUUUGCACCAAUUACUCGUGGAAUAAUAUUUUUGGUUGAUAAGCAUCAAGAUUCGUCGUCUGAGGAUGUGGAAUAUUUGGGCUACGAAAAUGAAGAUUUCAAAUUCGAACAUUUGGAGAAUCGCGUAGAGUUCAUUUCUUGUUCUGUGGCGAAUAAUGAAGUUAAUAAUUUGAAAGAGUGGAUUUCAGAUGUGUAUUCUGGCUAUUAA